UUCCACACUGCCAACCAACAUUCCAUUUCUUCGGUUCAGUUUUCAGUUUACCACGAAACUUGUAUUGUGCGGUGAGAGAAACUUAGGUUCAAAUCAUGGUGUGUUGAAAGUUUAUGUGCGUGUAUUUUUGUAGUCUUCGCGGAACUUGGUACAUGUGCAUAUCCAAAAGGUCGAUGAUGACUAGCUCUCCAUGUGUACUUCACCAACUUUGCAUGAAUUCGUUUGUUAUUUAGAUACCCGCUUUUUUCAUAUUCAUCGUAAUUUUGUGUUGUUAUUAUAAUGUUCAAUGCGUGUACGUUUGUUGUUUCUCUCCUGGGAAUUCUAGAGGUAUCACAGACAGCUGAGUUAGUGAUACACAUUCCUGGGAACUUAGGACAGGAUGGUGUCGUUUACAGAUUGGACUAUUAUCCACCCUUUGGUCAUCCAGCUCCAAAUACCACCAUAGCAUCUAAAGAUAUUCAAGAUGUCAUUCAGUUCUCUAAAGCUCUCCCUGGAACCAAAUACGACUUCUGGUUGUAUUACUCGAAUUCUACAGAUAAUACGUUGACUUGGACUGCAAAUUUUACGACAGUUCCCGAUCCUCCGUCCAACCUGUCCGUGUCUGUAAGAAACGGAAAAACAGCUAUAAUAUCUUGGAGCCCACCAAUGCACGGUAGCUACUCGAGUUUCAAACUCAAAAUUAACCCACUUAACAAUUUUUUGGAUCAAAAGACGCAGCCCCUGGUGAUAGAAAACGUGCAAACAAUAUCGUAUGCCGUCAGAGACUUGACAGCGGGGGCCACAUAUCAAGUACAUGCAUUCACAGUGUUCGAAAACAAAGAGAGCGCUGCAUACACUUCCAGAAAUUUCACAACCAAACCAAAUACACCUGGAAAGUUUAUCGUUUGGUUCAGGAACGAAACAACUCUGUUGGUGCUUUGGCAGCCACCAUACCCUCCAGCUAUUUACACUCAUUAUAAAGUAUCAAUAGUCCCUCCUGAUGCUAUAGAAAGCAUUCUAUAUGUGGAAAAGGAAGGUGAACCUCCAGGACCGGCCCAGGCAGCUUUCAAGGGCCUUGUGCCGGGUCGUGCCUACAACAUAUCAGUGCAAACUAUGUCGGAAGAUGAGAUUUCAGCUCCAACAACCGCAUCCUACAGAACAGUACCAUUGAGACCUUCCAGAGUUGUGUAUGAUAAAAAUUUGGUGACCCCGUACUCAUUCGUAGUUCAUUGGGAAAAACCCAAUGGCAAAAGUGAAUUCGAUAGAUACCAGAUAUCCUUAGGAACUGUCAGAAAGCUACCUCCUGUAACCAGGCUCAAAAACGAGUCAACCUAUUGGGAAUUCAAGGACAAUCUAGAACCAGGAAGGACCUAUUCUGUUAUAGUCAAAACUGUAUCUGGAAAAGUGACGUCUUGGCCUGCAUCCAACGAAGUGACUUUAAAGCCACUAGCAGUUGCGAACAUCAAGGCUAUCAAAGAUGACAAAAAUGGUAUUGUUACUAUAUCCUGGACCCCACAUCCGGAUAGUUUUCAAGAAGGAUACCUCAUAUCGUACCACGAAGUCGAAAGUUCCACUGGGGAUAGCAGUACUGCAAGAACCAAGAAUAAGACAUCGAUAACUCUGGAUACUCUCCUUCCCGGAAGAAACUACUCGUUGACAGUGCAGGCCUUAUCAAAAGAUGCCGAAUCUGAAGAGAGUUCCGUUCACGUAGUUACCAGACCCAGUGCACCGAUCAUUGAAGAUUUAAGGCCGAUGGUGGACGGUUUGAAUAUAAGUUGGAAGUCUGAUGUCAACUCCAAGCAAGACAAGUACGAGGUUCAGUGCGUCAGAAAUGAUACUUUUGAUAAGACCAUAAGAACUACGUAUGAAUCGACUAUCGUACUGAAUCAACUCUAUCCUGGUGCUGGUUAUCUGGUGAAAGUGUUUGCCAUUUCUCAUGGGCUGAAGAGUGAACCACAUGAAUAUUUCCAGCCAGUGUUUCCGAAGCCACCAAGGAAUAUGACGAUAGAAAAAACUACCACAAAUUCGGUAAUAGUGAGAUGGCUUGCCCCCGUAGGAUCUUUGGUUUCUGAAUAUGCCAUCAGGUAUAGGACAGAAUCGGAAAAAACUUGGGUUAGACUUCCAGCCGUACAGAACACAGAAGCUGAAGUCACGGAUAUGUCUCCUGGUGAACUCUACACGAUUCAAGUGAAUACUGUCAGUAAUGGUUUGGAAAGCAAUGACCCUCAACAAAUGAAUCAUACGAUAAGGCCGAAUCCUGUGUCAAACAUCGCACCCCUAGUCGACUCCAAUAACGUGACGUUGGAAUGGCCCAGACCAGAAGGAAGAGUGGAAUCUUAUAGUAUCAAAUGGUGGAAAGUAAAUGAUCCUUCUAAAUACCAAAUUCAAAACAUCACUCAAGACCAUAAUGACACGUAUCCAGUUCGACUGUUAGUUGGUGACCUUAUGCCUGGAGUGGAGUAUGUCUUUAAUAUUCAGGCCUUUUCCAAUGACAUGGACAGUGAUGUAACAUUAUUGAAAACGAGAACAAUGCCAUUAAUUCAGUCGGAAGUGGUAGUGAUAAAUGAUCAACAGUCAACUAAUUCAAUUGGAUUACGGUACACUCCCACUCCUCAAAUUUCGUCGAAAUUUGAUAUAUACAGGUUCUCCUUAUCAGACCCAGAUAUUCCAGUGCAGGAAAAGUCAGCAAAUGAUUCAGAAAGAAGGGUAAAUUUUACGGGUCUAGUUCCCGGCAAGCUUUACAACAUCACCAUAUGGACAGUUUCGCAGAACGUCGUCAGUCAGCCGUUGCAGAGACAGGAUCGCUUGUAUCCGGAUCCGAUAAGUAGAAUAGAAGGCAUUCAAAUAACAGACACUGAGGUUACACUGAAAUGGGAUUCGCCUAGAGGAGAAUUCAACGCUUUCGAAGUACAAUACUUGAGUGCUGAAAACGUGCUUAUGCAGAAUCUCACUCUUCACAAUCGAAUCACAAUAAACGACCUCAAACCACACAGGAACUACACCUUCACUAUUGUAGUGAGAAGCGGCACGGAAUCAAGUAUACUAAGAAGAUCAUUACCAGUUUCUUCCAUAUUCCAAACCAAAGAGUCAUUUCCAGGAAAAGUGGACAAGUUUGAACCAAUUGACAUCCAUCCUAAUGAAAUUGUUUUCGAAUGGUCUUUACCCCUCACGGAGCAGAACGGAGUCAUACGUAAAUUUGAUAUAAGCUAUGGUUUAGAGUCUUCCAACAUCAGACAGAACAGAGAAUUCAGCCCAAAUGAAUUCAGAGGAGUCAUACGACAGCUCAGUCCUGGUCAGACUUACAUUUUCAAAAUUAAAGCAGAAACGAAGGUCGGUUAUGGGCCUGAGACAAUCUGGAAGCAAAAAAUGCCCAUUCUUGCCCCACCUAAACCUGAGAUGCAAGUUGUUCCAACUGAAGUUUGCAAAGGAACGACUACCAUUCAGAUAAGGUUCAGGAAAAAUUACUUCAGUGAAGCUAAUGGACCCGUGAUAUCAUAUGCCAUAGUAGUUGCUGAAGAUGAUAGUAAAAAUGCAUCAGGUCUAGAAAUGCCAAGCUGGAGGGAUGUUCAAGCUUACUCCGUUUGGCCUCCUUACCAAGUAAUGGAACCAUAUUAUCCCUUCACCAAUAGCUCCGUUGAAGAUUUCACUAUAGGAAAAGAAACUUGCGACAUAAGGCAAAGUGGUUACUGUAACGGACCUCUGAAAUCUGGCACGACUUAUAGGGUGAAAAUUAGAGCAUUCACAGCGCCUGAUAAGUUUACGGACACAAGUUAUAGUUUUCCCAUAUCAACAGAUCAGAAUAAUUCAUCGAUAAUAUUGGGUACCACAAUUCCUAUUAUAAUAAUAGCCCUUCUUUUUGUGGGAGUAUUAUUUUAUAAGAAAAGAAGAGGAAAGAGAGCAGCUGAGACUGGAGCACAUGAUAAUAUGUCGUUGCCCGAUUCAGUAAUUGAGACAUCCAGACCAGUUAGAAUAGAGAAUUUCUCGAAUCAUUACAGAAUGAUGUCAGCAGAUUCUGAUUUCAGAUUUAGUGAAGAGUUUGAAGAACUGAAACAUGUGGGUAGGGAUCAGCCGUGCACCUUCGCCGAUCUACCGUGCAAUAGACCAAAGAAUAGGUUCACGAACAUUUUACCUUACGAUCAUUCAAGGGUAAAAUUACAGCCAGUCGAUGAUGAAGAGGGUUCUGACUACAUCAACGCAAAUUAUGUACCAGGUCACAAUUCACCAAGAGAAUUCAUCGUUACACAAGGACCCCUACAUUCCACAAGAGAUGAUUUCUGGAGAAUGGUUUGGGAAUCGAAUUCGAGGGCCAUCAUUAUGCUUACAAGAUGCGUGGAAAAAGGCCGCGAAAAAUGUGACCACUAUUGGCCGUAUGAUACUCUACCUGUAUAUUAUGGCGAUAUAUCUGUACAGAUUCUGAACGAAACCAGAUAUCCGGACUGGAAUGUGUCAGAAUUCAUGGUCUGUCGGGGAGAUCAACAAAGAGUUGUUCGACAUUUUCAUUUCUCUACUUGGCCCGAUUUUGGUGUUCCAAACCCUCCACACACCUUAGUGAGAUUCGUGAGAGCGUUCAGAGAAAGGGUUGGGUCAGAUCAAAGACCUAUUGUAGUCCAUUGCAGUGCGGGUGUUGGUAGAUCCGGCACGUUUAUAUGCCUAGACAGAAUACUCCAGCAAGCUCUAGUUGCGGAAUAUGUUGACAUAUUCGGCAUUGUUUAUGCCAUGAGGAAAGAAAGAGUGUGGAUGGUCCAAACAGAACAGCAAUAUAUCUGCAUUCAUCAGUGUUUCCUGGCAGUUUUGGAAGGAAAAGAAAUGACAGGAUCUCCUAGAGAGAUUCACGAGAAUCAAGGAUUUGAGGUUGUUUCAGAUGACGAAGGCAUUGCAGAAUCUGGGAUGUGAAAGUGGACAACCAAGAAACAUUCGGCCUAUGCGUUUCAAAUAAAAGAAUACCAAUUCUAAGCUCCACUUCGAAAAUGAGAGAUCCGUAUCUUAUCCUUAUCUGAAGUAAGAUUAUGAAGUGAUCCAGAAUCAGAAGCUCAUUACGAAUGCUAUUCCAGAACACACAGUGAUCGUAUUAUUUUUCAUGUAGGUUCUAUUUAUCACUCACACAAAAUCUUUUGCAGUGUAAUAAUUGUGGUGUUGGUGAUUUUUAAUAAUUGAAAUGAAUUUAUUGGGGAAAUAUAACUCUUAGAUACGAGAAUUCUCGUUGAUGUUCACAUAGAAUCUGCAAAAAUAUUCACUUAAUUAUAUGUAUGAAAUUCCUGUGAUAAAACUUUCAAUACCUAUAAAUAUUAUAUUAUACACAUGCAAAAGGCCUAAGUCAAUCACUUAUUCCAAGAGCAGUAAUUUGUACUUAAUUUAGAUUAAAAAAAGUUUUAUACUCGA